AAGAAGAACAACAACAAACCAUUAUGUAUAGAGAGAGAGAGAGAGAUCAUCCAUGAGCACCACCUAUACAUAUAGAGAGAGAAAGUUAGAGGGGUGACUGAAUUGGAUCAUCAUCAUAUAGAAAUAGUAUUGUGUCACAUGCCAUGUGACCAGAUCACCACCUCUCUCUCUCUCUCUCUCUCUCACAAGAAACAAGAAACAACUGAUAAUUCAAUAUAUAUACCCAUCUUACCAUCCUUACACUGUCUUUUGACUCCCUCAGUUUUCGCCCCCACCCCCCUCUCUCUAAACCACCAAUCCUCUUCAUUUGUAUCUACAUUGCAUCUCUCUCUCUCUCUCUCUCUCAAAUGGAAGGAGCAGCAAAAGAGAGCAGCUGAAUGCCUAGAGAGAGACCAAACCCCAUAAAAGUCCAGUCUUUUUGAAGAUGAAAGCCGAUAACAAUCUCUUCCAUCAUCCCUUGUACUACUCCUCUCACCCUCUGCGUUUCUUCAUAUUCAUCUUCUUGCUUUCUCUUUCAUCUCCCCCCUCCUCCGCCAAUGGCCUACUCGGAGACGCUCAGCAGCUGCUUUCUUUCAAGAACUCACUCCCCUACCCCGACCACCUCCCCAACUGGCAGCCCACCAUUUCUCCCUGCAAUUUCCACGGCGUUUCUUGCAACAACAACUCCAGAGUUUCCUCCAUUGACCUCUCCAACUAUCGCCUCGACGCAGACUUCUCCAAAGUUGCCAGCUUUUUGCUUUCUCUCCAGAACUUAGAAUCCCUUGUGCUGAAAAACGCUAAUAUCUCCAGUGCGAUAUCUUCUGCUCCCAGAUUCUCCUGCAGCGGUUUCUUGAAUUCGUUGGAUCUAGCUGAAAAUGCGAUUUCAGGGCCCGUAACUGAUAUUUCAGCGCUUGGAGCUUGUCCUGCUUUGGUUUCUCUCAAUCUUUCCAGGAAUUUGAUGGACCCUUCUGUCAAAGAAGUCGCUAAGGGCUCUGGGCUGUCGUCCUUGCAUGUUCUUGAUGUUUCCUACAAUAAAAUCUCAGGUGAAAACGUGGUUUCUUGGCUUUUGUCCGGUGAUGAGUUUUCUGAGCUGCAGCAGUUGUCCUUGAAAGGUAAUAAAGUGGGAGGAAGCGUGCCUGAGUUGAACUUGAAGAAUUUGAUGUAUUUGGAUCUUUCCCUCAACAAUUUCUCUACUAAAUUUCCAACUUUUGGUGACUGCUCCAAUUUGCAAUACCUGGAUUUAUCUUCCAAUAAAUUCUUUGGUGAUGUUGGGGACUCACUCUCCACAUGUCUGAAGCUGAGUUUCCUAAACCUCACCAGCAACAAGCUCACAGGCCCAGUUCCAAAGCUGCCAAGUGGGAGCAUACAGUUUCUGUACCUCCAAGAAAAUUACUUCCAGAGUAUUUUCCCAGCAAAUAUAUCAGAUUUAUGCACAACUCUUGUGGAGUUGGAUCUUUCUUUCAACAAUUUGACCGGCAAUUUGCCUCAAGAACUUGCUUCAUGCACUGUUUUGGAGGUUCUUGAUGUAUCUGGCAAUAGUUUCUCCGGUGAGUUACCUAUUGACACACUCUUGAAUUUGAGCAAUUUGAAGACUUUGUUGAUGUCUUUCAAUGGUUUUCUGGGUGGUUUGCCUGAUUCUUUGUCAAAGUUGGUAAAUUUGGAGACUUUAGAUGUGAGUUCCAACAAUAUUUCUGGUUCAAUUCCUUCUGGGCUUUGUAAAGACCCUAAGAACAGCUUGAAGGUGUUGUACCUUCAGAACAAUAUCUUCACUGGUCUAAUACCUGAAAGUCUGAGUAAUUGUUCACAUUUGGAAUCACUUGAUCUCAGUUUCAAUUAUUUGACUGGGGCUAUCCCGACUAGCUUGGGAAGCUUGCCAAAGCUGAGGGAUGUGAUCAUGUGGUUGAAUCAACUCCAUGGAGAAAUCCCACAGGAGUUUAUGUACUUGAAGAGUUUGGAGAACUUGAUUCUUGAUUUCAAUGACAUAACGGGGUCAAUACCGGCUAGUCUUAGCAACUGCACUAAUCUGAACUGGAUUUCAUUGUCGAAUAACGAGUUGAUUGGGGAGAUACCGGCUUCUUUGGGCCAUUUGGCUAAUCUCGCAAUUCUGAAGCUCGGGAACAACUCGUUAUCUGGCAGUAUUCCAGGAGAGUUAGGGGAUUGCCGGAGCUUGAUUUGGUUGGAUCUCAAUAGUAAUUUCUUUACGGGAACAAUCCCGCCGGCCCUGUUCAAGCAGUCGGGCAAUAUUGCGGUGGCAUUGCUCACAGGAAAGAGUUACGUGUAUAUCAAGAAUGACGGGAGCAAGCAGUGCCAUGGAGCUGGGAAUUUGCUUGAGUUUGGAGGCAUUAGACGGGAACAGCUGGACAGAAUUUCGAAUAGGCAUCCUUGCAACUUCACCAGAGUUUACAGAGGGACCAUUCAACCGACGUUCAAUCACAAUGGGUCAAUGAUUUUUCUUGACCUUUCUCACAAUAAGUUGGAUGGUAGUAUUCCAAAGGAGCUUGGGUCCAUGUACUACUUGUCCAUACUCAAUUUGGGGCACAACGAUCUCUCCGGUCCAAUUCCACAAGAACUUGGGAGCUUGAAAAAUGUCGCGAUUCUUGACUUGUCCUACAACAGGCUGAAUGGUACGAUUCCACAGUCGUUGACUAGCUUAACGUUGCUCGGGGAUAUUGAUAUUUCAAACAACAAUCUCUCAGGAAUGAUCCCUGAAUCAGCACCAUUUGACACGUUUCCUGAUUAUAGAUUUCAGAAUAAUUCCGGUCUCUGCGGAUACCCUCUUCCGCCUUGUGGGUCGGGAUUAAAUGCAGGAAGCAACCAGCAUCCGAGGUCUAACCGGAGACAAGCGUCCCUUGCUGGAAGUGUGGCGAUGGGAUUGCUGUUUUCCCUGUUCUGCAUUUUCGGUUUGAUUAUCGUUGCUGUGGAAACAAAGAAGAGGAGGAAGAAGAAAGAAGCUGCUCUCGAGGCCUACAUGGAGAACCACUCCAACUCGGCGACGGCCCACAGCGUAUGGAAACUUAGCGCUCGUGAUGCGUUAAGCAUUAACCUUGCAACUUUUGAAAAACCCCUCAGGAAGCUCACAUUUGCCGAUCUUCUUGAAGCCACGAACGGGUUCCAUAAUGAUAGCCUUAUAGGAUCCGGUGGCUUUGGGGACGUGUACAAAGCACAGUUGAAGGAUGGAAGCGUCGUGGCAAUCAAGAAACUAAUACACAUCAGUGGCCAGGGAGACCGAGAAUUCACAGCUGAAAUGGAGACUAUAGGGAAGAUUAAGCAUCGGAACUUAGUUCCGUUGUUGGGCUAUUGCAAGGUGGGCGAAGAACGACUCUUGGUCUACGAGUACAUGAAGUAUGGAAGUCUAGAAGAUGUUCUCCACGACAGGAAGAAAACCGGGAUCAAGCUAAAUUGGAACGCCAGGAGGAAAAUCGCCAUUGGAGCAGCUAGAGGAUUGGCUUUUCUACAUCAUAAUUGCAUUCCACAUAUCAUCCACAGGGACAUGAAAUCAAGCAACGUCUUGCUUGAUGAGAACUUGGAGGCUAGAGUUUCCGAUUUUGGAAUGGCAAGGCUAAUGAGCGCAAUGGAUACUCAUCUAAGUGUCAGCACAUUGGCAGGAACUCCUGGAUAUGUCCCGCCUGAAUACUACCAGAGCUUUAGAUGUUCCACGAAAGGCGAUGUCUAUAGCUAUGGGGUAGUCUUGCUCGAGCUGCUCACAGGGAGGCAGCCAACGGAUUCAGCUGAUUUUGGUGACAACAACCUUGUGGGGUGGGUGAAAAUGCACGCGAAGAUGAGAGUAAGUGACGUAUUCGAUCCAGAGCUAAUGAAAGAAGAUCCGAGCUUGGAGAUAGAGCUUUUACAACACUUGAAAGUUGCGUGCGCCUGCUUAGACGACCGGCCUUGGAAGCGUCCCAAGAUGAUUCAAGUAAUGGCAAUGUUCAAAGAGAUUCAGGCCGGAUCCGGGCUCGACUCGGCCUCCUCGAUCACCAUGGAUGAUGACUGUUUCACCUCGGUGGAAGGAGUGGAAAUGAGCAUAAAGGAAGGCAAUGAGCUGAGCAAACACUUGUGAUGAAACAAGUAUCAGCAUUCUAUGCUGAUGAUUCAAAUUUUCCCACUCAAGGACGUUACCAUUUUGAAAACCUUGGAACUAGUACAUGAAAAGCUGUCGUAUUUAUCCUAGUAGUCCCUCAAAACAAAAGUCUUGUUACCAUAGAUGUAAAAGGUUGUCUUGUAACAUUGUUGUACAUAUAUAGUUUGAGUUUGUUAUGCUCUCUUA